CCCGUUCAUGCGUCUCCUCAGUUAUCUGCUCGCGGGCGUCGCCGUCCAGCAUGUCGCAGCUGCAAGAAUAGCCAUGCACGCGCGGGAAGCCGGUGCGCGACUCCGACGAAGAGGGAACAUCUUCGGGCAGUCGACGCUCACCGACUCCUCCGACUUUUCGUACUACACGAACAUAACCCUCAACGGCGACUCGUUCUCUGUGUUGAUAGAUACCGGAAGCUCGGACCUAUGGGUCGCAGGCUCGGUCUCCAACGCGAAUGAUACAGGAUACACGUCCGGAGUGACCUACGCGGUCGGAUCUGUGUCGGGCCCGGUCAUGACGGCCGACCUCGAGUUCGCGGGCUACACUGUCAAGUCGCAGGCGUUCCUUCAAGUUGACCCUUCGAGCGACAAUCCGUCCGGGACGGGCCUCAUCGGCCUGGGACCGAACAACGGCUCCAACAUCUUCGAAACCACGAACGGGCUCUCGUCCGCGGACGCUCCCCUCGACCGCAUCUUCCGCCAGAACACGUCCACGCCCAAUUUCCUCACCGUUCUGCUCGGCCGCAAGGAUGACCCGUCGGAUCCGUGGCCGGGCGACUUGACGGUCGGCGAGUAUCUCGCCGGGUACGAGGACGUGCAGAACCAGCCCCACCUCGAGGUCACCCAGGUCGCGAUCGACGAGUCUGGCAAUCAGCACUGGCAGACGUUGCUGGACGAGGACGGGAUCAUCGGUCCGAACGGUAAGAAGAUCACCACCACGUCCACGGUGAACGACACGACCACACCCAAACAGCUGAACGUGGUCUUCGAUACCGGCUUCUCCAUCCCGCAGGUGCCCAAGGCAGUAGCAGACGCCAUCUACGGAGACGUCUCCGGUGCGAAGCUGCAGAACGUGUCUGGGAUCGGGAGCAUCUACGUUCUCCCCUGCAAAACCGAGCUGAACCUUACCUUUGUCUUCGGCGGCAAAAACUUCUCGAUCCACCCGCUCGACGUCGUCCUCGACGCCCUGAGCGACUCGGACGACUGCGUCGGCGCCUUCCAGCCGAUGUCCACCGACACCGGCGGCCUCUUCGACGCCAUCUUCGGCAUGGCCUUCCUCCGGAACGCCUACCUCCUCGUCAACUUUGGCGACUUCGUCGACGACGCGAACACGACCGCGGACCCGUUCGUGCAGCUGCUCUCCGUCACGAACGACACGGCCGAGAUGCACAAGGACUUCGUCAAGGUCCGCUCCAGCUCCUCCUCGUCCUCGUCCUCGAGCGGGAAGAGCUGGUUCGACCAGCACCGGAAGGCCAUCAUCAUCGCCAUCAUCGUUGUCGCCGCGGUCGUCGCGGUCUUCUUCCUCUCGCGGAGCCGCCGGUCCAGAGGUCUGAAGACGGGCACCGGUGCCGGUUUGCGCCCUGGCGGCGCGACCUCCUACAUCCCGCUCAGCACCCCUGCCCCGCCCGCCGCGACGGACUUGCACUACUCGGCGCCGCCGGCGUACCAGCCAUACACCCCGCCAUCCGGGCCGCCCCCACCUGCAGGCGCCUCGCCAUAUGCUCCGCCCUCCGGUCCUCCCCCUGGCGCGGCGGGCGCCUCGCCGUACGCUCCGCCCUCCGGCCCGCCCCCCUCCAACGCAUACGCGCCGCCGCCGGGCCCACCUCCGCCAGCGCCGUACGCGGACCCUUUCCGUGAUCAUCACUAAGCUGUUGCUGCCGCUGCUCGCUCGCUCGUUUACUUGCUAGGCAUCUCUCGUGUUUACGCACCGCUACGUUUGCUAUCAUCAUCGCCAUCCCGGACUCGUCUGCGUUGCCCCCAAUGUAACGGAUGUAUUUAUUAGCAAAUCCUCGUUGUCAGUUGCUUAUAUACUAAAGUCGC